CCCGCGGCCCUGCGAUAGUUGUCCGUGUCCUGGAAUUGUCGGCCGUCGAAUGGACGUGGUGACGACGGUGCCGUCGUCGUGAGUGUGCUCCGUGUGUUGGCAUCGCUCUGGCGUCGGUGUCGGCGUGAGACACGCGGGUGUUGAAUGAAAACGCUUCAUAUUCCUGUUGGAUCUGCGAUGCAUCCAAGCGUUGGACGGCAAGAACGGUCCUCGGACCAUGGCAGCCAACACAGGGUCCAUGCGUAUCCUCAUCAAGGGAGGGAAGGUGGUCAACGAUGACUUCACCCAGGAGGCCGACGUCUACAUCGAGAACGGCAUCAUCCAGCAGGUGGGGAAGGAGCUGAUGAUACCUGGAGGUGCCAAGGUGAUCGACGCCUCCGGGAAACUGGUGUUGCCGGGCGGAAUAGACACCAGCGUGCACCUGCAGCAGAGCUUCAUGAACGCGACCAUCCAGGACGACUUCUACAGUGGAACCAAGGCGGCGCUGAUGGGCGGCACCACCAUGGUGAUGGCGCUGGUCCUGCCGGAACAACACUGCUCCCUGCUGGACGCCUACCAGAAGUGCAGAGCUCUGGCUGACGCCAAGGCCUGCUGCGACUACUCCCUGCACGUGGGCGUCACCUGGUGGGGGCCAAAGGUGCGCAGCGAGAUGGAGAGCCUGGUGCGGGAGCAGGGCGUCAACUCCUUCCAGAUGUACAUGUCCUACAAAGACCUGAUGAUGCUGAGGGACUCGGAGCUGUACCAGACUCUGCAGACCUGCAAGGACAUCGGUGCCGUCGCACGCGUCCACGCCGAGAACGGCGAGCUGGUGGCUGAGGGCGCCAAAGAGGCUCUGGAGCUGGGCAUCAGCGGACCCGAGGGCAUCGAGGUCAGCCGGCCAGAAGAGCUGGAGUCCGAGGCCACGCACCGGGCCGUCACCAUCGCCAACCGGGCCCACUGCCCGAUCCAGCUGGUCAACGUGUCCAGCAUGGCGGCGGGAGACAUGAUCGCCGCCGCCAAGAUGCAGGGGAAGGCGGUCCACGCCGAGACCACGGUGGCUCACGCCGUGCUGACCGGCGCGCAGUACUACCAUCAGGACUGGGCGCACGCCGCGGCCCACGUCGUCGUCCCGCCUCUGCGCCUGGACCCCAACACGCCCGGGUACCUGAUGGGUCUGCUGGCCAACGACACGCUGAGCGCCGUGUCCUCUGAGCACCGCCCCUUCAGCACCAAGCAGAGGGCGCUGGGCAAAGAGGACUUCACCAAGAUCCCCCACGGAGUGGCCGGCGUCCAGGACCGGAUGAGCGUCAUCUGGGAGCGUGGCGUGGUGACGGGGAAGAUGGACGAGAACCGCUUCGUGGCGGUGACCAGCUCCAAUGCUGCCAAGAUCUACAACAUGUACCCGCGCAAGGGCCGCAUCAUCCCAGGAGCCGACGCCGACGUGGUGGUCUGGGACCCGGACGCAACCAGGACCCUCUCCGUCAGCACCCAGGUGCAGGGCGGAGACUUCAGCCUGUACGAGGGCCAGCGCUGUCACGGCAUCCCCCUGGUCACCAUCAGCCGCGGGCGCCUGGUCUGUGAGAACGGCGUCUUCAUGUGCGCCGAGGGAUCCGGCAAGUUCUACCCGCAGCGCACCUUCCCCGACUACCUCUACAAGAAGAUGGUGCAGAGAGAGAAGACUCAGGUGUACAAGGGAGUGGUGCGGGACCCUUACUCGGGCGAUGUGGUGAAGGUGGCCAACACCCUGAAGAAGGAGCUGGGCUUCGCCCCCAUCGACGGGGAUGCCACCAACAAGGGCUGCCCCCGGGCGCACCAGGGGGUCCGGGACCUGCACGAGUCCUCCUUCAGCCUCUCGGGCUCUCAGGUCGACGACCACAUCCCGAAGAGGUCCUCGGCCCGGAUCCUGGCGCCCCCCGGUGGCCGCUCCAGUGGAAUCUGGGAAGUCCGCUUGGAAGUGCCAGCCUGAUCCAAGUCCAAUGUCCUCCAAAGCAGGUCGGUUCAAUUGGUGCGUGGGACCCGACCCAGAGCCACGGCUGGCCCUCGUCCGGCUUCUCCCCCGAACAUCAGAAAGCAGUACAGUUUUUUGGGAGCUGAAGUGAUGUCGCCCUCCUUAAGUAGCUUCUGUCGAACCUCCCUCCACACUCGUAGCCCACCUUAGCUCUAGACCCGUGUCUGUCAUGACCCCGGCCCCUGUCGCCGCCUCGUGUGGCGAUGACGUCCACACUGCUCCCCCCCCCCCACCGCAGCCUCAGGUCACCAAGUCAGCCAGGCCCCAGCGGAGCCACCAGUCAGUGACUUCCUGGAUCCUUAAAUGCAUCGCUUGAUUCCGGAAUGUUGAGCGACCUCUGACCUCCUGAUCCAUGACACCUCCUCAGUCGUGUCCUCCUGCCCAGGAGCGACGGGCACCUGAGGAGAGCGUUUGAGGAUCAGGGUGGGUCCUGGUGGCCAGGGUUGGUGCUCCCUGUGGUCUGAGAGCAGGAGGAUGGAGCCGCACGCCGCGAGCGAGCGAACCUCUGCUCCCGUACGUCUCGUGUCUGUGUUGAACCACUGACGCCACGCUCGCCCUGCAUGAAGAGCACCGAGGCGGCGCUCCGACCGCUGCUUUUGUUUUUCACCGCCAUGUUGGCUGUUCUGGCCGAGUGUUUGUUGGUUGUUGUGGUGUUGGACUGUGAACCUGUUGAUUCCGUACGUGGCUGCUUGUUUCUUACCACCAAAAUAAAAAGCAUUCAAGUGCAUCAAGCUCUCGCCUGAGUCUUGUCUGAGGGGCCUAAAGGGAAAUAAUGAAUUAAGCUAAAGCUCCAAAGUGAUAUCGCUGUGCUUUGCAAGUUGAAUAAAUUGCUUGGGGAAUGCACGGGUGGAUUGGGUGACUUGCUUUGGGAAAGUGUUGUUUAUCUCCAGGGAACUGGUCGGGGCAAGAUGACCACGCCACACAAGACAGAUGAACACUGUUAUGCCUCAACACCCAGGGAGGAAGGCUGAGGAGGAGAGCCGCGCUUAAUACGAACGUCAAAGACUGACUGUUGAUGUGGGAAAAUACCAGAGGAAGCUGCCCAGAAGAAACACCGCAUCAACAAGAAGUAUAAAGAAGAAAUGUAGUCAUCUGGAUGUGUGCUUCUGCCAGUGUCUGGCCUGUAAGUCACAACUCUCGUUGUGCAGCAGACUCUACCUGGAGAAGAGCCCGGAUCGAUCUGUAUAGGCCUGGAGAGAUUGUCUUAGGUCCUGGCGAGGACAUUUGGUCAUUGUGAAUAAACGCAGUUU